AUGAGCGAAGUAGCCGAUCUGCUCCUAGGCGACGAGCCGCACGAUCCAUCAGAGGGCGAUCUGGAGGUGCAGGAGCUAGAGCAGCGCAUGUGGAAGGAUCGACUGAAGCUGCGCCACAUCAAAGACGCGUCAACGGCGGCGGCGGCGGCGGGCGCGGCGGGCGCCGCUUCGUCGGGCGAGAACGGCGAGUUUGGGAGCUUGAAGUGUCGCCCGGAUUGGGCGGGGGAGGAUGAGGACGACGAGGAGGAUCAGCAGCCACAGAAGCACAGACCGACUCAGUCGCAGCAAGAUGCGGCCCGGAGGAAGAAGAUGUCGCGCGCGCACGACGGCAUUCUUAAAUACAUGCUCAAGCUGAUGGACGCGUGCAACGCGCAGGGCUUCGUUUACGGAAUCAUCCCUGAAAAAGGCAAGCCCGUCGGCGGCUCAUCCGACAAUCUCCGCAGCUGGUGGAAGGACGAGGUGCAAUUCGAUCGCAGCGGCCCGGCUGCGGUUGCGAAGUAUAACGAAGAGCAAGCAGCGGCGCAAGCGGGGCGAAUGAUGGUGAUGCAAAUGGAAGCGGCCGCUGCUGCGGGGGGAGGGGUUGACGGGAGCGGUGCUGCGGGGGGCGUGGUGGUUGGGCCUGGUGGCGUGCCAUUGCUGGGCCUUCCGCGGGGCAGCGGUUCGCCCCCUUAUAAGAAGCCUCACGAUUUGAAGAAGGCGUGGAAGGUUGGUGUACUGACUUCGGUGCUUCGUCAUAUGGCUCCCAACAUUGCCAAGCCUCGGAAGCUGGUUCGGCAAAGCAAGUGCCUGCAGGACAAGAUGACGGCUCGGGAGACCAGCAUAUGGCACAUGGUUCUCGACAACGAGGAGGCUUUAUGCAAACAAGAGGCGGCUACUAACGGAACGUUGACUAUCGGGGCGGCGGGAAGCGAUCCCGGAAAUUCCGCCGCCAUUUCCGGCCGGACUGGCCCGAACUGUCUCCCACACAGCAAUAGCGUCAGCAGCGGCAUGAUUGCGCUUGCCGGCAGCAGCGCUAGCGGCUUGCCGUCAUCUAUCCAGCGCGGUAACGGUCUCAAAAUUCUCCGCGCGUUUGCGCACGAGAACUCCGCCAACGCUAACGGCGCCGGUGGCUCGCCUCUGCUCCGAGCCGGCAAUUCUGACGGCCAACGUCCGAUGGACCGGCAGGCGCUCGACAGUGGCGCCACUAACAUGGCUCCAUUCUCUCUCGCCGCAUACGACGGCGGGAAUCGCGGCGGCAUGGACGGAACCAACAGCCCCGGCGGCAACAGCGCUGGCGGAGGAAGUUUGCUGAACGGGCAGCUGAACGGGCAGCUUAAGCGCGCAUACUCCGCGGUCGGCUCAUAUGGCGGGAAUCUAAAUCACUCCGCAUCGGCUGGAGGUAUUGAUACGAGCGGAAACGAGGCCUCUCUUAACGAGGAUGCAAGACUGCCGUGGGGGAACGGGGAAGGCGCAGCGGGGGACGUUGCGGCGGGGGGGAGGGAUUUGGUUCCCGAGCACCGGAUUUUCAAGUGCCCGUAUGAGGGCUGCCCGCGGCGCGAGUGGAAGAACGCAUUUGCGGACCGGAAUCUGAGGAACAUCCACCAAUUGCGGUGCCCCUUCCGACCUGGCGCCAAGGCGCAGCAACAACAACAGCAACAAGAGCAACAACAGCAGCAGCAACAGCAGCAGCAGCAGCAGGAGUGCGAAACCUCGGUCUCCCCACCUCUCCCCGUCCAUGCUUUUGCCAAUCCUGGCGGUAAUUCCGCUUCUGCUGCCCCUGGUAACCCAGGUGCCCCCUCAGGUGUUCCGUCCGCUAUGCCCUUCGGGGGCACCACCAACAGUCCCUCAGGUGCUCCCUCAGGUAUUCCCCCCUGGGCUGUGGACCAUUCCUCCCAGCCUUCCCUCUCCUCCGUUCCUCACAUGUCCCUAGGCUCGGGGCUAGGCUCGCCACCGCAUGGCUCCGGACCUGCUGCUCCGGGUUCGGUUCCCGGACCUGGCCCCAUGGGUUGGAUGCAGCAGUGGCCCAUGCCGCACCACCAGCAGCACGGGCAAUUCUCAAUGCCCAUGCAGCAUCCUGGAACCUUCGCCCCUGCCACGUCAUCAUAUGCUGGCUACAACAUGGGCAUGGGGAUGGGUAUGGGAGGCUAUCCCAUGAACGUCCCACCUUAUCCUGGUCCGGGGACAGGUUCGGCAGCAGGCUCGGGAAUGGGAGGUGCGGGCUUCAGUCAGCCCUUCAGCCAUACCGCUCCUGCCCUGGGCGUCCAUUCCUCGUCUUCUCCAUAUGCCCCAUCCCAUCUUGCCACGUCAGCAGCAGGCGGUGGUGGUUGA